CGCAUCGACACGAAUUCCUGUUGAGUGUUUACAUGGCUAAAAUGACAGCGGCUGUGGGAUUAAACCCCCAGUUAACAAAUCUAGUUGUUAUUUCUGCCAAAUGUUGUCAUUCCAACCCCUGCGUUUUAUAUGUGCCAGUUGGUUAGCCAGUUAACUAUGAUAUGUAAGGGAACACUAAUAUGGAUGUAGUGAACCUAGUUUCCUGCGCCAUUGGUAGAUGCCUGGAUACUUUAUGCCUGUUAUUGGAUUUGAUCAUCUGGACAGUGAAUUGGUUGGCCAGAGUUCUAUCAAACAUGGGGUCCUCUCUGCACAACCUACCAGUUGUGCUAAGUGGCACUACAUUACUGGAAUACUGGAACUUCGCCUUGUUCUCUUUCCUCACAGUGACAGAGGUGGUCACUAGCACAGCUCAUGGAGCUCUUCAUAUACUGGAAGGCUGGAUACAGACUUUAGGUGGGGUUGUUGAGAGCUUCAAAAUGGUAGGUCACCUUUCGGCUCAUGUUGUGUGGCGUGCCAAGGAGCUGCUACAACGAGGACUGAUAUCUGGGAACUUCGUUCUAAAACAGACAUGCGAGGGCUUCUGCAUUGCGUUCAGCCUGGUUUUCUAUUUCGUUAACACCAUCGUCAACAUUGUCCUUAUUGGUACGCAGAACUGUUUUUCUGCUGUCGUGGGGGCCUGGGAGGCAGUGUCAGGACCGCUCCAUAAAGCCUUGGAGCUGGCCCUCACUCUGCUCACCUUCCUGUACAGCUGCCUAGUAGGCACCUCUGUGCUACUAUGGACUCCCUUUCAGCUCGUUUUGGAGUUUCUGGGCUCGCUUGGCCAUGUCUUCAUCACAGUGUUUAUGCUAAAUAUAUAUGGCUUGCUCCUGACAGCGGGCAUCGUUGCUCUGACCUGGCUGUAUCUAAACCCCCGGCUGCCUCGUCUUGCAGCCCAGCAAUGUGUCCACUUUGUCAACACACUCCCGGGAAUGAGGAUUCUGCAGAGGGCUGCCUAUAGACUCUACCUGAUGGCUUUAGAGAGAGCCCAAGACCUGCAUGAUAACAACGCGGGAGCGCCGACAAGGGGACACAGGGUUCAGGCUGGGAACCAAAGGGGGAGAACAGCACAGCCUUCUGGGGGUGAGAGUGGAGGGGGACACCCAGUCUUGGACCCUAGACCCCCUGGUAGUUCCACAGACCAUACAAAUCUCCCUCACCCCUCGGAGCAAACCGGAAGAAACCACAGUGAGGUCGACGUGCCACAACUUCAUCUCUCUAGCCGGCUGCACGAGACCAACUUCGACCUGGAGCAUUCCUCGGCAGCCACAAGGAACACAUUAAAGCAACUUUCGGGGGAGGACCCAGUCAUCAGUGCUCCUCCCCCGGCAGACAGUCUCCUCAGCCUGCUCAAGGAGCAUGAGGAGCGGAAGAAGUGCGUGAUCUGUCAGGACCAAGCCAAGAACGUGCUGCUGCUUCCCUGCCGUCACCUGUGCCUGUGUCGCCACUGUUCUGCCAUCUUACUGCAGCAGCCCCCCCAGCAGCACUGCUGCCCGCUCUGCCGACGAGGCAUCACUCAGACCAUGGAUGUUUUUCUCUGAAAGACUUAACUGGGGUCAAGAGAGCCGAAGGGGGCAAAAGACUGGCAGCUUCGAUACUACUAUAUACUAAGUUGAGAGUGACAAGGUGAUCAUGUUUGGUCAAAUCCCCAUUGUUUCCUUUAGAGAACUGGAUUGGGAUCAGGAGUAUGGUGAUACCCUCAUACAAGCAGAUGUUCCACCAUGUUGCUUUUACCUAUGCAGCUGCCUAAAGUCUGCUUAUAGCUGCAUGGUAUAUGGACAUGGCCCUUAACUCAGGAUAGUGAGACUACUGAUGGGGCUUGAUUUCCCUGCCUUUGAUUCAGCAGUCUCAUAUUCCUUGGUGGACAUCCUCUUGCUCAUUUGUAACAUUUGCACUAAUGAUAUUGCACUGGCUAGUGGCUACAACGCUACUGUUCUGGCUUGUACUUGUACUUCAAAUGUUGUAUUGACUAGACUUUUACAUAUUUCCAUGUUGAAGCUCAUAAGAGCCCUGCGCAUACUGCCAUUCUGUCUGAUGUGUGGAUGAGUAAUGAAAUGCUUCGCCAGUCUCAAUGAUUAUGGGUAUUACAACUGUUACUAAUAAGUUGAAUCCCAACAAGACUAAAUCCUUUACUAACACAUUGAGCUAUCAUACCACUCUUGCGGGCAAAAUGUUAUAAUCGCACAACGGAAGUGCUUAUCAUAUCUUUUUGUACAUUUUGUACCUAUGAGUGUUUUGUAAGUCAGAUAUUAGGCUAUGUGAAUAUUAAACGCCAUUAUUUGUCAAAUUAAAAUAAACAUACUGUCAUUCCUUGA